AUGGAGAGAGACCUCAGGGAGGCGGAAGAAAGGCGGCGGCAGGCCAAGAAAGAAGCCGAUGAAGAAGCCAUUGCGAGAAGACGACGGGACCACGAGAGAAAGAUGGCUGAAGAUGAGCAGGAGUUGCUAAGAAAGAUGGCAGAGGAUGAGGAAGCUCUUGAGCGACGCAAGAGGGCAUAUGAGAAGAGAAUAGCAGAAGAGGAAGAAAUCGAGAGACAGCGCAAGGCGGAGCUCGACCGACUAGCCAAAGAACAACGCGAUCUGGAUUUGAUGAUCCAAAAGUCCAGAGAAGAAGCAGAUAGGAAGAAGAGAGAGGAGGAGGAAGAGGCGCAGCGAGCUCUGAGGGAGCAGGAGAGAUGGGAGCAGGAAAGGAAGUACCGAGAGGAACUA